CCUUUCUUAUGCAGGCAUCUGCAGUGAAAAGCUAGAGAGCGAAUACGUUGAUCAUAUUUCAAUUGUGUCUAACCACCAUUUACAAAUAAAUAAAUAAAUAAAUAAAUAAAUAUCUCAACAAAAUGUCUGGAAGCGCGGGAGAAUGGUGUCUAAUGGAGAGUGACCCUGGAGUAUUCACUGAACUCAUUAAAGGGUUUGGUUGUAAGGGAUCCCAGGUUGAAGAAAUAUGGAGCAUGGAACCAGAAAACUUUGAAAAACUGAAGCCAGUCCAUGGAUUGAUUUUCCUUUUCAAAUGGCAGCCAGGGGAGGAACCUGCUGGGUCCAUUGUACAGGAUUCAAGACUUGAUCACCUCUUCUUUGCUAAGCAGGUCAUUAAUAAUGCAUGUGCGACCCAAGCUAUAGUAAGUGUAUUAUUGAACUGCCACCAUUCUGACAUGCAGCUUGGUGAAACAUUGACUGAAUUCAAGGAAUUCUCACAAAGUUUCGAUGCUACUAUGAAAGGCCUGGCACUAAGCAAUUCCGAAGUGAUUCGACAAGUCCACAACAGCUUUGCAAGGCAGCAGAUGUUUGAAUUUGAUACAAAGUCCACUGCAAAAGAUGAAGAUGCUUUUCAUUUUGUGAGCUACGUUCCAGUUAAUGGCAGGUUAUAUGAACUGGAUGGGCUUCGAGAAGGUCCGAUUGACCUGGGUGUCUGUAAUCAAGAUGACUGGAUCAGCGCAGUACGACCAGUUAUAGAGAAAAGAAUACAAAAAUACAGUGAAGGAGAAAUAAGGUUUAACCUGAUGGCAAUUGUCUCAGAUAGAAAGCUGGUUUAUGAACGCAAGAUUGCAGAACUACAGAGGCAGCUCACAGAGGAAGAACCAAUGGACACAGACCAGAGUAGCACCCUGUUCAGUUCCAUUCAAUCAGAAAUUGCAAAAUACCAAUUGUUAAUUGAAGAGGAGAAUCAAAAAUUAAAACAAUACAAGAUUGAAAAUGUCAGAAGAAAGCACAACUACCUUCCCUUUAUUAUGGAACUACUGAAGACUUUGGCAGAAUACCAGCAAUUAAUACCAUUGGUUGAAAAGGCUAAAGAAAAACAGAAUGUCAAAAAGCCCCAAGAAGCCAAGUAACCAUGUGCUGCUGUUAGCCUCCCACUUCCUGUAAAGACUCUUUCUACCCAUCGAACAUUUCAAUGCCAUCUGUAAUCUGCAGAGUAUGGGGGAAGUGUGUUGGAAGUUCAUCCAUACCCACAGUUGCUAAAUUACAAUUGAAGUCUAUGACAUGCAUGCAGAAAUGUUUAAAUAAACAUGUCUUCUGUAUUUUCAAAUAUAAAUAGAUGUUUGUAGCUGGUUUCUCUUGAUUUUUGUUAAAUCCAUUGUUUUUUUUUUUUUUAGAUAUUGUAGCUUCUUUUGCGUGCUUGGAAAUACUACAAAUGGAAUUUAGAUAGUGUUUGGCAGUUCCAAGGGCUCUUUGGAAUGGGAGCAUUGUUAUCAAUAAUAAUUUUAUAUGGGCACCAUAAUGGCAUCCUUAUAUUGAUAGGUUCAACAAAGCUAACAUGUAUUUAUUAUGGUACUGAAAAAGGAUUACCCUAUAUAAACUGAAAGGUUUUUAUAGCUUGAAGUACAGGAGAGAAUAAUAAAGGUGUGUGCUAUCUGAUACAAAAUGUCAGCUUGUCACUAGAUGGUGCUCUUUUUUGUUGAGGGAGCUUUAUAAACAGGAAGUAUACAAUGGGUCAUUUUGUGAAGUGGGACUAUUUUUUGAAAACAUGAAAACGCCUGUAUAUGCAAUGGUGUACUACUGUAAGUUGGUUUGUGUAUCGAUAGAUACAAUGCAUAUGCUUUCUCUGUACUAAGGAAGUUGUGUAAGAAUUUGACCAAACCUGAAAGCACAGACCUUUAGAGGCUAAAUGUGAUUCACGCUUUGCUUCUCCACUUUAUGUGGUGCAUACAUCAGUAGUAUCCUCUUUGAAAUACCAAAGAUUGCAAAAAUGAACCAAGUACUUGUAAAUCUAAUUUGCACAGUAGAAUACCAGAUAUAUAAUUAAAACAUCUGACCUAAAAAAGGGAUGAAGUACGUCAAAAUCCUAAUGCAUUGUCCUUUAACCAAAUAUCGCCUUAUCUAAAUUUUCAUAACACAGUAAUAUUACAGCAUUAUAUCAUCUGUAUUUCCAUAAAGAUUGCACACACUUUAAACACAGUGUACAGUGUUUCUUGUCUUCAUUGGGAUUUUAAUUUGGUUGUAGCAACCCGAGAUAAGCUAAGAUUAGUAAACCAAUCUAUUUUGAGUUCAAGGCAUCAAGGGCAGUAAUAACUAGGAGUUUGUGAAUAAAGAAUUUAUUCAAUAGUACUUUUUGCAUCAAUAGAAUCUUACAAAAAUUCUGCUGGAGGUGAUUCUUCACCUAAUCAGUUAUGAGGUGAUUUUUUUAUGCUUGGAAGGGUAGCACCAGCUACACUUGCCUUGUGAAACAGCACUAUAAUCUCUGGUGGUAUUAUUCCCAAAAAGUUUAAAAAGUCUGAUUUUUAGAUGAUACAAUAAAUCAAAAGGUGUUCUACUUUUUACUUUGUGUGGUAAAUAUUAGUAAACAUGGUGUCUAAUCACAAGCCUGAGUAUUUCUUUCUAUGUGUAAAUAAUGGUAGAGCUCUUGUAAUAAAAAGAUCCCUACUAAGCACAGAUCAGUGUUUUGUUUUUUGUUUUUUUAAUGUAAAUAGUGCUCUAAUAUCAGCUAAAAUGUGUGAUAUUAUAAACUAAAAUUAUGUUAUACCCAUAAAUUCAACUUUCCCCUUUAUUUGUAAUCAUGGUAAAACACAUGAUAUUUAGUAAGGUACAGUGACUUGCGAAAGUAUUGACUUCCCCUUGG